GUUCGACGCCGCCAUUUAUAUUUUCGUUUCGGGAUUUCGUGUCAAAUUUUUUGGUUGGGUGAAGUAAACGCGUUUUAAUAUAAAAUAUUGUCGCAGAGGAGGUUUGCAAAGCAAGCCCAUAUUGUGAGUUGCAACAAAUACGUUUAUUGUGGUUUUGUUUAAGUGAAAAAGCCAAAAGAAGUGAAAAUAUGGCGAAUGUGCGGGACAGCGACACAUCAUUGUGGCUGCAUAACAAACUCGGCACUUCGAACGAUUCGUGGAUAAGUGGGUCGAUAUGCUCGCAACUUAACAAGGAAGUGCUGCGCAACAUAAAGGAGUGUUUUCCAGAUUUACAGACCCAAGUGAAGCUGAAAUUAUUGCUAAGUUUUUUCCAUAUACCUCGGCGAUUGGUAGAAGAGUGGAAAGCUGAGUUGGAGGAAGUUAUUGAAGUGGCAGGAUUAGAUUCGGAGCUUUGGGUAUCUAUGUUAGCUGAGACUAUGAAAACUUUUCCCGCGACAAGUUCACUGAAUACCGAAAUCUCGGAGUAUGAAGAUACUCGACCUAUCUUCACUGAUAUGGUGAAUGACUUGCGCAAAUUGGUUAGUAAGCAUUGUGAUCUUGGUAUGCUUCCUCUUGAAUGUUUAUAUCUAAACAAAAAUGCUCUUGUUUCGGUGGUCGGCCAGCAACCGAAUCCGGUAAAACAUUUCACUAUAAAGCGUAAACCUAAAAGUGCCAAUUUGCGCACAGAGUUACUCCAUAAAUCGGCUGAUGCGCAAUCAUCCUUAAAAAAGUCUUCUGCUCCGACUAUACCAUUGCGCUCGCGUGGCAUGCCGCGAAAAAUGACGGACACAACGCCCCUCAAAGGAAUACCUUCCCGCGUGCCUUCUUUAGGUUUCCGUUCUCCAAAUGUAUCUGGGACACCACAACGUCCCAACUUAAGUCGUACGCCAGCGGGUCGAAAGGACGGCGGUAUCAAAUUGAUCGAGUUUACAGAGCAACCAUUGGGUUAUGCUGCGGCUAAGAAACGUAAACGAGAACAACAAUUAGAGGAACAGCAGAAGAAACAGGAGCAGAAGCAAAUCGCAACUGCAGCUGCUGCAGAGAGCGCUUCGCCAGUAGCCACAUCACCAACGCAAGCAAGUAGUGUUAGCAAUGCAACAGGCACGGUUGCUACAACAACACCUCCGACUUCAUCAGGAGCGGGUACAAAUAGUACAUUUGAAAUCAAGACGGAAACGAUUUCACACUUAAAUCAAAGUGGCAAUAGUGAUGAUAUUCUAACGGAUAAUAAAGACAAUGUUCUGACGGCAAAGAUUGAACCUCCAACGCCUGAAUAUGCACCAUCUUUAAGCUACACCCAACCAACUUCUCCAAAAGUGCUGGAUAGCAAACCGCAAAUAAAGUCAUUGGAUUUGCCAUCCACAUGUGCGGCCAGUACUGCUUUAACAUCUACCACUGCUGCCAUAGUUGUUACACCCACCAAAAUGAGCAGCAUGUCCACGCAGACACAAACUCAAACGCAAAUCCGUACAACUACUCAGACACAAGGCAGUACUAGUAACAAUAACUUGAAUCACAGCCACAAACGCAUCAAACAGGAGAUUGAAAUAAAGAGCGAAGAGAUUUUAAUGCCACCUAAUAUUAAGGUGGAAAAAAUAGAGCCACAGAUCCAGCCGCCUAUGCUAACGCAGCAAUUACCAUCAACACCGUCACGGCUGCAACAGCGAAUAAUUAUCCAGCAACAAAAGCAACCACAACAAAAACCACACCAAACUCCACAAACAAUUCAGCAGCCAACAACUCAACAUGUCCUGAUAAGAACUGCGCCGCAACAACAGAAGCAAACCCUUAGUGGUUUAACAUUGGGCGCUGGCGGAACAACAGUCACAAGGCAAAAGAUAAAUGCAACAACCACAUCGCCCACUAAUUCCAAUACAAUGAUAAAAAUGGAGAAAUUAGAUAUAAAACCGAUGGUAACAAAGAGCCCUGUCACUAACACUGUGCCCUCUAACAUUUACACUCAACAACAGUUGCGUCAAACAAACAAUCCGUUGGCGAAUUUGCCAAAUAAUAUUUCCGUGAAAAUAACGUCAACGAAAUCAUCAAAGGUUCAAUCAUUACCUCAGCAAAAUUCACUGCCACAGCAACAGCAACAACAGCAGCAGCCAAUAUUAAUUAACAGCUCAACACCGGUGAUAAUUUCAUCCUCUAAUGCGCCUGUUUCAAGACCGAAACAACUUAUCUCGUCUGGAACCUCGACAACAACAACGGCACAAUCAAUUAAGUCUAUGCCACUGAGCCAAUUAAAGAGUGCUGCCAACAGUGGUCCAGUUAUCAUAUCUCAGACAAUCAUACAACCAGCGAAACGCACAGCUAAUUCUGUGACAGGUCUCCAGCAUCAUCAACAACAACAGGCCCAUCAACAACAACAACAACAACAACAACAGCAGCAACAAAAUAUACCACAGUCGGUUAGUACAUCUACAACAUCUGCUCAGUACAUUUUGACCACGUCAACGCCACAACAACAGCAACAGCUUCAAACAGCUACAAUGCCCACACUGACUUCGUUCGCACAUUCUCGUCCCACUCAGCAAACUACCACCACGCUAUACCAGACAGCGGCUUCAUCUAACACGCAAACUCCAACGAAGAUUUUAUUGAAAACAUCCCCUUCAGGUGUAAUGAUGACACCUGUACGACAACAACAGGGCGCGACCAAUACUGGCGGUAAUCCACCACCGUUAAUAGCGACUUCCACAGCGCAACAACAACAACCUACUUUGCUGAAUAUUCAAAAUGUGCAGCUGCCGAAUCGGCCAGUCACCAUACAACCGGCCUCCCAGGCAGCCCAGCAGCAGCACCUUCAAGCGCAGCUGCAGCAACAGCAGCCGCAGCAUACGAUCGUGUCGAACACUAGUGCAACGCAACAGCCUAAACUUACCCAAGUCUUGGUGCAGUCAACGAAUCCUUCAGGUGUUGGCGGUUCUAUUGGAAAUGUUGGUGUUGCAAAUCCGAACGCAAACAUGAAGAACAAAACCAUCAUACUCACACAAAAGGGUGUCAUACUGCGUAAUAUAGGCGGUGAUAUGUACCAACAGAUACCGAUAAGCAAUAUGAGUGGAUUACAGGGUCUAAGCACUAACACCGGUGCUACGUUGAUGACUACAGCGGCAGGCCCACCCAGCCUAGUAAAGGCGACGGGCUCUGGCGUCCAGCAAGGUCAAACUAUACAGUUGCAACAGCAGCAAAGUGUAACGCAAGCGAAGCAACAACAACACAUACCAACGCUUAUACCCACAAACACGUUGACAUCCCAACACAUGAUUGUUCAACAGCCAACUCAAACGAACCUCAUUAGUACACCUACUCAGCAAACUAUUAUCCGACCUGUUAUAUCUAACGUGCAGGGUAACAGCUUAACGACAUUACCACAAGGUCUGACCCUGAUCCAGCGUCCUGGUCAACAGCCACAGUUAGUACAGGUGCAAACAGCCGGCAGUUCAACAGCGGUAGGCCAGCAGCAGCCGACCCAGAUUCAGCGAACUAUUAUAACACAGCCAACGCAGCAACAACAAAUGCGGCCACAGCAGAUUGUAUUGCAGCACAAGUCGCAGCCGCAACAACGCAUAAUUACGACUGCGCAAACGGGGACAGGCCAGCCGCAGCAGAUACAAAUUCAACAAGGCACACCGACGGGUGGCAUUUCACGCACCACACACAUCGUUCAAGUGGCACAACAGGCGCAGCAGCAACAGCAGCAACCUCAGACUCAACAGGCACCGCAGCGUAAGGGACUCUCACUAUCGAACGAACAUGUUCAUAAAGCGCACGAAAUGUUCCGCAAAGCGAAUCGAGUUUCACGUCCCGACAAGGCACUCAUAUUGGGUUUCAUGGCGGGAAUGCGUGAAAAUCCACGUCCCAACUCUGAGAAUGUAAUUGUCAUAAAAUUGGGCGAAACUGAGGAAAAAGUGCAACAAGAGGACGGAAGUACAGCGCUCUGCUUGGUUGAAUCACACAUAAGGCUGGAUUACAAUUCAGGCGAGUGGAAGACAUUCCAAAACUAUCGGCGCCUCGAUCAAAGUGUACAAGGCCAAGGGGUGGACGGCAAUGCCAAUAGUGGGACCGGAGGCGCUGGCGGUAUUAUGCAAGCACAAAAUUCCGUUGUCAUUUAAAUGAAGUGUGCAUAGCUUUUAGGUUAGUGCAGUCAUUGAUGACGUGAAUGUCAUGGUGCGUGCCCUCGCUGGUGUUAUGGCUGUCAUUUUAAUGACCACUAUUGCGUGCACGUGUGACGAAUAGCGUUGUGGAAGAGCGCUUUUAAAAAAUGUGAAAACAAAAUUAAAAUAAUUAUAACCAGGUGCAAUUCGUGUGCAAAUGCUGAGGUGCAUCCAAAGGACCAUGAUCUUUGGGCAGUAUAGCAUUUAUACACACAACUAGAACCAAAUCGUUUAAUGUUGGCCGCGCUAAACUAACAGAGAAUGACGAUUUGUCGUUCCUAAUGAUUUGAAAUCGAAAUGAAAAAUUUGAACUAGUUUUAUAUAUAAUCAUGUAUAAAUACAUACACACACAUGUUAGAGUUGUACACUACUCCAUUUAAUACAUCGCGAUUAUGUACUCGCUUCAUAUUUCUAUAAGCAAAUGUGGAACUAAAAUCGAGAAACAUCAGAGUUGUUUGAAACACGUUUUUCAGUUAGAAAAAUUAUUAGAAAAAUACGACGGAAAAUUGGCAAAUACAAAGGUGGGGAAACCAAGAGUAGUGUAGCAAAAAACAAAGAAAAUGCGCUUUUUAAAAUUGUGUUUCAUCUUUCAUCUUUUGUGCCGUAUAUUUUGACCAACUCAGAUACGUGGCAAGCUAGGCCUGGAAACAUCAGUACUCUUACAUUGCAACUUUUCAAUUGAUAUACACUACCUAAUUAAUUAACCUAAAUAUAUAAAUACUUAGCUGUACAAAAGGAAGUAGUUUAAAUGUUUAAUACUUGCGUAACGUAAUUUAAGUUAUAUCUAUCCAUACAUACAUACAUACAUACUAUGUACUAUGUAUAAUAUGAACACGCCUAUCGCAAAUGUACACCGAGAAGCGCAUAUAAGUUAAACUGCAUAAAUUUGCUGCUGCAUAAGUAUGUAUUAGCUCUUAAAAUGAAAACAAUAAAUAUUUUAGCGGAUAGCAUAUUAUAUUGAAAAAAAAACAAAGAAAAAAUGCUUAGCCGUGGACAUAAUACUGAUCAUAAGAAAUUAUUAUACAUUUAAAUCUGUAUUAGUUGAGAAGUUGAAUUGUAUGUAGUUACAAAGAUACAUGAAUUCGGAAAUGAAAUUAAGAUAUAGAAUAAAUAACAUACAUUAUUAUGAUGGCUUAAUGUUAAAAUAUUAUAAACUAACGAUUUUGAUAA